AUGCCGCGCGGUCCCAAUCCCUUUUUUGUUGUCGGCGCCAUGACGAGUCGCCCGGUCACACGGUCAGCGUGGAAACCUCGGGACUGCCAGAAGGAGUCAAUGAUCAGGACGGCCGCCUUCAUUAUGCUACUUGACAGCCAGUUUGUAGUAUGUCUACGCUCUCCUCCGAUGAUCACGAUCGCAGAAUCAAAGGCAGACUUGCCCUGCAACGAGCUCCUGUUUGCCAACUACUAUUCGUCAUCAUGCGCCAACACCCCACGGUCACCUUCCGUCCCCGAGGUGAUCGAUCUCCUCAUGAAUGGUGCCCGGGACGGACCAAGCCAUCCCGCACUCAACAACCUUGGUAUUUUCGGGCAUUUUACUGUUAUAGCUGGUCUGUAUCCACACCCCGCAGAAACCUUGAACCGUAUUACCAAGACUCAUGGUUUCCCAGGGCUGCACGUGAUGCAGCGGUGUUUCGACAACGACGCCGUCCACCGAACCCGCCAGGUGCCCCUCGAACUGGACUUUGGCGUUCGCGAUGCCCUCCGUUGGGGAACGAGGAACGGUGCGGAAGCCGUAGGAAUGCUGGAUCGAAUCGGCACCUUGACACCCGGCAAACAGGCCGAUGUGGUCCUCAUCUCCCCCAAGCGCGCGCUGAGCGCAUCGGCGUAUCCCCUUGCGACGGCGGUUCUGCACUCCAGCCCGGCCGAUGUGGACACUGUUAUGGUAAAGGGGGAGGUUCGCAAACGCGACGGCCAUCUGGUCGGACACGACAUCGCGGACAUUCGCCUCAAGGCCAAGGCCGGGCUACAACGGAUCAUGGAGAACGUGGAAAGGAUGCGACCUGAGAUGACAAUCGAAGGGAUUCGUCAAUAACUUCUGGAUGCAGAGAAUUUGACUCGUUCUAACCUGGCCAAAGCCCAUUUUGGCGAAAAGACGAGGGGAGAUUGGAUGAGGCAAAGAUAGGCUGGCUCCGGC